AUGCUAAACAUGCUUCCUACACAAAGAUGUACACAGAUUGAGAAGCUGUUUUGCAAAGCAAGAUCAAAAGAUAAAGAACACACUUGGUUUUUGUAAGUAUCUCUGCCAUCAGGAUGUAUUUUUUUAUCUCUUAAUCUCACCCAAUUGGUGACAGGAAGGGUUAAGGGCCUCCCAAAGGAGCAGCUUCUCUCUGUCCUCCCCACCUUCCUUGUUGCUUGCCCUGUGUGGUUUGCUUAAAAGAGGCAGUUUUCACUUAUAAAUUAUAACUGUAAUUCCCCCCCCUCUAUCUCUGGGUGGGUGGGUGUCUGAAGGUUAAUAUAAGGAUGUGAUCCUAAUCAAGCUUAUUUGAAAAUUAACCCUAUCAAAGUGACAAUACUUUCUUGGGAGAAAAUACAUUUCAGGAUAGGAACAUUAAUAUGAAAUGCAUGGUUACUCAUAAGCCACAGAAGAAGACACCCUUAUGGCUGAUCAUUGUGUACUUUAAUGAUUAGACCUUUACUCCCUGCCUUAUAAUAAGAAUAUAAUUGUGUAAGUCUUGUAGAUAGCUAUUAAAUACAUUUUUCUUUAAGAAGGUUUCCCCUGGAAUAUUAAUUGGGCAGCUGUAGAAAUUAUUUUAGCGCUUUCAGUUUAUUGAGUUGGUAAUCUUUUGUAUUUUAUCUUAUUGUAGACCACUUUAGAAGCAAUUUAGAACAAACAAAAGAGAGAGAAAGAAAGAAAAAAGAAGUGAUUAUGGGAAGGGCCAGCCUUGCCAGCAGAAGGCCCCAGGUUCAAUCCGCAGCAUCUCUAGGUAGGGUUGGGAGAGACUUCUGCCUGAAAUCCUGAAGAGCUGCUGCCAGUCAGUGUAGACAGUACAGAGCUAGAUGGACUAAUGGUUUCACUCAGUAUAAGGCAGCUUCUUAUGUUCCUAUUAUAUAAAAGAAACUUAGGUAAAAAUGUAUUAUUUUUCAUAUGUCUGAUUGGUUACAUGAUUUGCUAUCCUAUACAUUGUUCCUGACUUUUAUAUGCAUGUUAACGUUAAUCAGCCAGCCAACUAAAAGCAUAGCCCAGAUUUUUUUGGGGGGGGCAGAACCUCAGUUAGUUAUGUAUUUUUUAUUACUAUGUUUUUGGGGGGCAGCUGCCCCUCCCAGGCCCCCCUGGCUCUGUCCAUGCAGCCAACUCACUCCUUAGAUGAGUGAAGCAGACAGUGAAAUGGGAUGAAGUAAUUAAGAGGGCAUCAAGGUGUCUCAGCCAGUUUCCAAAAUUCAGGAUCUCUUCGCAGCAUAUGCCAAAGAUCUGUGCUUUUGCUGUUAUGUACAGAUGCACACUAAUUGUGCCUGUUACGUUGGAAAAUUAAAAUGUGAUUUUGUAAGUCAUCUUCUGUUGCUGAAAUUUUACUUCAGUGGCUUGGCUGCCCUUUAUUAACCUUUCUGCUUAUUCUGUGGGAAAAAUACUUGAGGGCAGUCACACACUUCCUUUGUGUUAUCAAUGUGAAAUAAAGUUUUGCUGCACUGGAAAACCUCAGUAUAAUUGCUAUCCCAUAACUGGUGCGGGUGUGGGUGUGUGUGCUGCUGUUCAUCCUUUAAAGUGAGAACAGUUUUGUGGAACUGGAUGACUUUUCUUAAAGGGAUUGACUGCACAAUUCAGCUGUUUGGUCUAGCGGAGCAGUGAACAUUGACAUUUUUAACUGAGAGGAAAUUUAAUGAUGCCAGGUUAUGGGGCUGGUCUGUAUGCUCUAUCUGCAACAGCUGCUGUGAGGCUGUGUUGGGCGGGGAAAACCCCACUUGAGACAUCACCUGAGCCUUUCACCUGCUGUGUGGCAUCAUCCAAGCCACAAACCCUCAGCCACCCCCUGCCCAGUUGCAACAGCACAGACAGAGGCCCACUCAUUUCACUGGGGGCUGCCGGGAGAAUAUAAUGGUUUUAUCCACUCUGCCACUAUUUGUGGUGCCCAGAGUUGCCACAUCUUAUUUUAUGGUAGAAUGGCUGUGCUAGAGUGCUGUGGGGAGACUCUAUAUUUUCUGGCUUCUGUAAGGUGAAUUCCUUUUCCAGGUGGCCACAAGCUUUUUGAGACUUUCCCCCAGUUCCUUCCUCCUGUGACAAACAGGGACAUAGCAUGCGGUGGAGCCAUGACUCCGGGUGCACAGUUUUGACCGGGCGCAAGCCAGGUGCCCCCAUGUAGGUGGUGGCUUCCACAGGGAUCCUGGACCCACCCAGGUGCAUCCUGAUGGGCCCCAUCCCCACGCCCUUCCCAGCCUGCUGCCAGGGGUCUUUGGCCCCAGAGCCCAGCCUGGCCUCACUGCUUGCUCCUCGUUGGACAUGCUCCCUGGACAGUAAGCAAGCGCGGAAGGAGGGAGGCAGGCAAGGCCCCAGACUUGGUACUUCCUUCCAUGGGCAUGGGGGGGAUUUGCCUGCCAAGGGCUGCAUUAGCCAGCUGGGCUCCCACCUGCGUGGGUGGCACAGCAUGGUUUGGGGGGGUGUCACUCCUGCGGCAUAGGCAGCAAGAGCUGGGCUCACGUGGCGGGCUUCAUUCACCCUCCGCGCCCUGCCAGGUGCCCACACACCAGCACAACAGCAGACUACACUGUGCCGCUGGUAACAAAUGAUGGUCAUAUUGUGAUUCUUCCUUUUGAAUUAGGAGAAUCUGCCGGGUGGAUUCAACUCAGAGUUCAUGAAGAGGCUUCCUCUUUAUGAGCAAUGCAGGUUUUAUGAUCACUGGGGAGGUGAGAGGCACACUUUGGAGCCAGCACACCAAAGGUGGCUGGGACAUGCCAACGACAACAACAACAACAGUAAUAAUAAAUGCAAAUUUAUAAUGUAAAUGUGAAAGAAGUCUAAACUAAUGAGUCUGACUUCUGAGAAGACUUGUCUAGGAUUGCACUGCUAAUAGCUUAAAUUUGCACACAGGUAAAUAAGCAUUGCUCUGAAGCAAGAAGCAACUUUUAUUAUGUUGAAAACAGUCUGAUCAGGAUGAUCGGGCGCUGGAGCACUUUUUAUGGGAGGCAGAUACAGUAAUUUGGAAAAAAACAGCAACCAAAGGGCUGGGGGACGGUGGAUAGAGAGAGAUUCUGUUGUUAGGUGGAACUUAUGAGGACAUCCUUUAAAAUGGGUGACCCUUAGCUUAGGCGGCUUCCUAAACGAAUUAGACAAAUUGAUGAACAUAGGAGCAUAAGAAGAACCUUCCGGGUCAGGCCAAAGAAGGCCCAUCCAGUUCGGCAUCCUGUUCUCGCAGUCUGUGGGAACCACAAGAGCUCUCGCCCUGCCUGUGGUUUCCAGCAACUGCUAUUCAAAAGCAUUGCUGCCUCCAGCGGUGGAGUCCGGGCAGAGCCAUCAAGGCCAGUAGCCGCCCCCUCCAUGAAUUCGCCUCAUCCUGGGGGAGGAAGGCCCAGAGUAAAACUAAGUGCUGUGUGAAGGACUUUCUUUUCUCUGUCCUGAAUCUUUCAACCUUCAGCUUCAUUGGGUGCUCAGGAGUCCCAGUGUUAGGAGAGACACGAACUUUUCUCUAUCCACUUUCCACAUGGCAUGCGUAAUUUUACAAACUUCUAUCGCGUCGCCUCUUACUCGCCUUUUCUGUAAACUAAAAAGCCCCAAACGCUACAAAUUCUUUUCAUAGGGGAGUCGCAGCCUCCCACCCUGAUCACUUUCUUAACCCUUUCCAAAGAUGAGCCUCUCCCUAGUUUCUUACCUUAGGCGCCUGCAGGAUGCCCAGAAGGAAAACACACUUUUAUAUUAUUUCUAGAGCAUCCUCGGGAUUGCCACCCAUUGCGCUGUCCACCGAGCCUCUUUGUUCCAGGUCAGCGGGCGGAGACUUGCAGCCUGCCGUCUGCCGAGGAGAGCGGUGGGAGCGCGAAGCUGGCAGCGGCCGCCCGGGAUUGUUCCGCCAAAAGCCGGCAGGAGGCGCCCCGGACUGGGCCGCAGCACAGGACCAGCAGCCGGGAACGACGGCGGCGGCGGCAGCAGCAGCAGCGGAUCCGCCUCCUCCCCGCCUGCCCGGCGCACGAUCUCCUGUCCCGGAGGCAGCCUCGGCGUGCGCCCUAGCCCGCCUGCCCGACCGUCCGUUCAGCUGCGCGCCCCGCCGCCGCUCGCCCCGGUGAGUAGCCCCUUUCCUCUAUCCGCGCGCCAGCUUGCCCUUCUCCUCUUCCCCAGGCAGGAUCAGCCCCCCUCGAGCCCAGGCGGCUUCCCUUCCUCGCCAGCCCCUUCGGGCGCCGCGCUCCCAGCCUCUUCUCCACGCGCCGGGACGAGAGCGAUGCCCGGCGCGGAGAAAAUGGCUGGAGAGCAGCUUUUCUUCGCCCUCUCCAAAGGGUGGGAGAUGGAGGGCAGAAAAAGGGCAGUCCUACUUCAUGCGGGUCCAGUUAAACUAUGGAAAUCGCUGCCGCCAGAGCUGUAGAGUUGGGCAGGUUUAAAAACGGAUUUGGCCAUGUCCUGGAGGAGAAGGUUACAAAUGGAGCAUUCCGUAUCAGAGGUAGCACACCUUCGUAUCAGUUGUUGAGGAGGAGCAAUGGAGACCUCCAGGGGGGCAUCCCAGGGCAUCUGGUUGUGGGCCAUUGAGGGAGGAAGAAGGAUGAACUUGGCCUUAUUUGAUCGGAUCCAGCUAUGGCAUUGAUUGUGCUCUUGCAAUUCCCGUUUUCUAACGGUGACCCCAUGUCCACUAGUUAAUUAGCUGAUCUCUAAUGUGGAUUUCCGUUUCACCCAUCAAUACUUGGUGUGUGUAUGUGUUUGCCUCUUUUAAUGUUUUCAUAACUCUAAUGACAGCAAAAGGGCUUGUAAGGGGGAAGGGGUCAUUAGCCUGCACUUCUGGCUAUACUUUAGCUAUCAAUAUGGGUGCUUUAACAGAUGCCUCCUAACUUUCCCCCCAUCCACUAAGAGUAAUGGGCACCUCUGCCUUCUGCUCUUUCUUCACGUCAAAUCGUUUUCAGCUCCCUGAAAUCCUUAGCCCAGGAAUGCAUUUCUGAGUACUGCCUAACUCUCCUUUGGGUUCCAAGGUAAAUGUAUAUAUCAAAUAUUUUUUCCUGUGUAUUGGGGUUUUUGUUCUCUCAGGGACCUUGACAAUUACUGCAUCUUUAGUUAGUGAUCAACUGAGUAUUUAUAUCCAGAUAUUGGAUGCUUGAGUUUUAGGGCGCUGGCUUUAACAGAGGUUUGUUAGCGAGAAUGCUCCAUUCCCUUGUUGUUGAUAAGCAAAUAUGAGGCAGAAAUGUAAUAUACUUGUUAAAAUUCAGUUUUUUGGCAACCCUAUUCUCAGAUGCACCAGGCUGCCUGAAAAUGCACUGGAGAUUAGCAGAUUAGUGGAAAGAAAUCUGCAGUACAGUCCCGCAUAGGUUGACUCAAAAGUAAGUUGUUCUUACCCUCAGGCACAUGUGCUUAGGAUUGUAGCCUUGAUGUACGCAUGAGACAUAGUUUCUUGCAUGAGGAGCUGGUGUUGUUUGCACUGCAUGACGAGUUGUCCACUUCACCAUGAAUUGUGGGACUUACUCAUGACCUGAUCUUCUUUAAAUAGAUAAUAUACGAAUGGCAAAUGCCACUGAUUUUUUAAAAACAAUAUUUUAUUAAAAGAUUUUCCGUCAGUAGAAAGAGUACAUUCAGCAUCUCUAAUUUCAAAUUGUAGAUUGUAGAGGUCAGAGGCACCAGCUUGCAAGGGUGAUUAGGGGGCCACGUCACACACCUAACGUUAGGACUGUCAGAAGAAGCCCUGGGGCAGAGCCGAAUGCGGUGGCUGCCUGGCUUCAAAGCCUCCUUCUCCUCCUCAGCAGCAGGAAGAAGAGAAGGAGCAGCCACUGGAACCACACUAUGCUGGGCCCUGUGCUCAGCCUCCUCCACCCCCUCAACACUGGGGGGCCCUGGCUCCAUCCCAAAAUAUAUUGGAGGGCAAAACAACUCAGCCCCCAGGAGUUGGUCUCCUGUUACAGGCCAAUUACAGUCAACUUAGGACAUUUUUGUUGUAGGCAAUGUGGGGUUUGAGGUGGGGUAAGAGAAGUGGGGAGAUGGAGGGGAGAAAAAGGAGAAAGGGGGUGAAAGGUAAACUUUCCUUCUUUGCAGAGUAUGAGUGGUGCUUUUUAUUUGUCAGUGUCACAUGGAUGGGUGUCUUAUUUUUGCGGGCAGACUGAGAGAUCAGAGGGCCAAGGGGAUGGUUGCCAAGACAAUGACCGACCCCCCACUCCACCCCUGACAACAUAUAAAUCAAUAUGGCUAACUUAAGCUAGCAGACACCACGGUUGUGUGAAUUGGAUCUUAUCCUGAGGUGGGCCUGGGAUCCACCCAUCUGUUCCUGUAGCCAUCUUCUUGGAAGUCUGUGGGUUGGAAUAGGGCAGCCUUCACCAAGCUGCUGCUCUCCAGAUGUUUGGGACUUCCACUCCCAUCAGUCUCAGCUGACACAGUUGUACAUCUGUUAGGGUUGCCAUGCAUCUGGAAUUUCCCAGACAUAUCCAGAAUUCCUUGCUCAGCAGCAGUGUCCAGGCGGAAAUCACAAAAAUAUCCAGGAAAAUCCAGACAUAUGGCAACCCUAACAGAAGCACAACUGUGCCAGCAAAGCUCAACAAUUUUGCCCAACCCCCCUCCAGCCCCCUCCCCCCAAAACAACUUUCCCCCAAAAAGCUCAACCUUCGCUUCUGUCAGCCCUGGCACCUACAGCUGUGCUGACUGGGUCUGAUGGGAGCUGUAGUCCAGAACAUCUGGAGGACACUGGGUUGAAGAAUUCUGGAACAGGAAGCAGGAAAUACUCUUGCCCUUGUCAGAGUAAAGAGCGCCCUUGUUUACACGAAGUUCUGAUUACAUUUUCUUUGUCCCUUGUGGGGAAAAGGAGCAACAAUAAGAACAGGAAUCCUGAUUUCAUGUUCAUGCUUAUAAAAUGUACACCAGUGAUAAAUUUACUUCUGAAAACUUAACCUUACUAACCCUGAUUCGAGAAGAAAAGUGAGCGAUUUCCAUUUUAGGAGCACUUUCCAGUUGACUGGCGGCACCAGCAACUGUGAUUCCUUCCUUGAGUUGCCUACUAGCAGAGCACAGGCUUGGAGUGCUGGUAUCCUAGGCUCAAUCCUGGCACCUCAGGGCUCAGAGCCAGUGUGGUGUAGUGGUUAAGAGCGGUAGUCUCGUAAUCUGGGGAACCGGGUUCGCGUCUCCGCUCCUCCACAUGCAGCUGCUGGGUGACCUUGAGCUAGUCACAAUUCUUGAAGUCUCUCAGCCCCACUCACCUCACAGAGUGUUUGUUGUGGGGGAGGAAGGGAAAGGAGAAUGUUAGCCGCUUUGAGACUCCUUCAGGUAGUGAUAAAGCGGAAUAUCAAGUCCAAACUUCUUCUUCUUCUUCUUCUUCUUCUCCUCCUCCUCCUCCUCCUCCUCCUCAGAAAGACCCUGGGGAACCACUGCCUGUCACAGCAGCUGGGCCUGGGCUAGGUGGGCUAAAGGUUUGAGCCAGCAUAAAGCAGAUCAAUUUAUUCUUACCUUGCAAAAAAGAUUACCCAAUAAUGGGAUGCACAGCAAAGAACACCUGCUCUUUCUUUUGGUGGUGUUUCAAAGUAAACGGGGGUGGGGGUGUCAUUAGAGGCUCUUUACCUGAAUGUUUGAAGGGAAUCUUUUCCUAUCUCUCAGGCCAAAGUUUGAGUGGGCUCCAUAGGAAUUCAGUUGCCUCAUACUGAGCUGGACUGUUGGUUCAUCUCACUCAGCAUUGCCUACACUGACUGGCAGCAGCUGUCAUGAGGUUUCAUGCCGGCGGCAUUCCGAGCCCUACCUGGAGAUGUCAGAGAUGGAAAAAGGGGGUCUUCUGCACGCAGAGCAGGUGCUCUGCCACGAAGCCACAGUUGCUCUGGCUCUUGUUACUGACUGAAGAUAAUUCCUUGCAUUUGGAGUGCUUGUAACAUGAGCCUAGGAGACCCACUGAUUGUGAAUUUCCAAGGAGGAGUACAGUCACAGAAUGGUGCUGCUUCUCUUUUUAAGUAAACAGUAGGAAAGUAAAGAGAAGGAAACCAUUCUGCCCCAGCCUGGAGCCCUCUAGGUAUUGCUGUACGUUGUUUUUAACUGCUUUUAUCAAUAUGCUUUAAUUAAUGUAAUGAGAGUGAAGGAUGGGCAAGAAAUUAAAAUAACUACUAUAACUACUAAUAUCACCCCUGAUGGGAGUUGUGGUUCAAAAUGGCUGAAAGGCACCAGACUGAGCUUGUUAUAUCCAUAUGUAUGUAUGUAUGUAUGUAUGUUCGUGUGUGUGUUAGUGAGGUAAUGAGAAGAUACUGUACUGCUUAGGUCUGGUUGGCUUAAUGAUGGUUUAUGAACUUCUGUAAUUAUAUUUAAUAAGACCUGUGUCUUAUGAUGAAAAGGAAGGAAUUUAUUUAUUUCUGUCAUUCAUUUUGUGACAGUUUGCUGAACCAUUCAGUGGUGUCUGGAUUGUAAGCUUCUUGUGGGCAGGGACCUGCAUUUUUGUGUUUGUCGAUGUAACAGACUAUGAAUUUUCAGACAUUCAGAAACAUGGGAUUAUUCGGACUCACUUGCAGCACAAACAUCAUCAUCAACCAUCAUUAUAUAUACAGUAUAUCUCUCUGUGUAUGAUUUAGUUGACAUCAAUAAAAUUACCAGCUUGGUCACAGUAGAAUGAUAAGUGUGCAGCAAAUCAAAAUGAAUGAAGCUAAAGAAUAAUGCUAUGUUAGAGACUGGUUCAAGUAGGCAUGAUUUACACUGAAUUACACAGUUAAUUACACUGUCAUUUUGCCAAUCUGCUGAGUGACUGUUACUCCUGCAUAUUGUCCAUUUUUCAUUGCUCUCCUUUCUCAUUAUUGUUCAAGAGGAAUGUGGGUGGAUCAAACUAUACUUUUCGGCAAACAGAGAAAUCCAUUGUAAGUGUUUUGAACCUGACUUUCAGAAUAAGGGGAGUGGGGGGCCAGUGGGUCACUCGUGGCUGUGAAGGAGCAAGAUUCUGUGCACAGCUAGGGAUGCUGAAGCCUGCUGAGUUCUUUCUGCCCAUCUUUCUCUCUGACCAACUGCUCUCUCUUUUCCCCUAUCUUUCAUGUCUGUCUUUCUCUGUUACCCAUUUCUUCCCCCUGCCAUCUCAUUAUUACUAUUGUUAUACAUUUAUUUAUACCCUGCCUUUUUCCAUGACGGGACUCAAGAAAAGAACCGCUAAACAAUAAUAGAAAAAGCAGUAAUUAAAAAACAUUGAUAGAAUGAAAACUACACACAUAUAUUUAAAGUCCUGUUUAAAACAUACAAAUAAUUACAAUAAAAAGAGCACAGCACUUGCCCUUUCAUUAAGAGCAGUCAGUUCCCAAAAGCCUGUUAGAACAAGAAAGACUUCGCCUGCCAGCGCAAGGAUAGAAAGGAGGGAGCCACUCACUUUCACAGUGCAGACGUACUCUAGCUUUGACUGUGCAAAUGUACUCCUGGCCACUGCAGAGACCUGGACAUCCCUGUUUAGGGUGGAGUCCGGUAGCAUGCCCCAAACUGCAAACCUGUGCCUUCACAGGGAGAGUUACCCCACCCAGCACAGACUGAAUUCUUAGUCAUUGUUCUGCUUUCCAAAUGACCAAAGGUACCUCUGUCUUGUCUGGACUAACUUUCAAUUUGUUCAACCUCAUCCAAUCCAUUCCUGAGACAGCUUCCUGGUGACACCAAACCCCAAAACUCCAGACAACCUCUCUCAGCUCCACUUCACGAGAGGGGAUGCUGAGGAGUGAUCAUGUCAACCGCAAUUCCAGAGAUCCACCAGGGCUUUGACAGAAUCAUCUGCCAAGGCAACAGGAAACUUCUGGGGCAAUAGGAAACCUCUGGGGCAGACCAUCUUAAUCGGUCCCCCACCCCUGGAGAGGUUCUCCGUUCCAGAGAAUCUAAACCCCCACCUGUAAUGAUCUGACCAUGACAAGGGAAAGGUAGAAAUUUCCUUCACUCUGUUAAUCACCAUCUUCCCAUCCUCGUCUUCCCUUUGCGCCUGCCCUGUUGUGUCCUUCUCACACUGCCCUCCAGCUGUAGGACACCUUGAAAAGGACACAACAGCUCACAGCCCCCUGUGCCCUUUUUUUGAAAAGGCAUUUAUUAUUUAAACUAUUUUCAAUGCCGCAGUUUAUGAACAAGGAGAAGGAGGUCAAUUCCAGGUGUCUGGAAAUGUGUCAUUUUUACAACAGUGGGGUAAUCUGUGCUACAGGGAGAGACCGAUUAGCUACCUCCUGACAUUAUUCUAAGCUUAAUUGCCUAUUAUCAUAAUUAAUUGCCAUAAGGACUACACCACAAACUUACAUCAUUUUUAUACCAGUUCAACUGUCAUGGCUUCCCUUAGAGAAUCCUGGAAACCACAGUUUGCUGGGGUUGCUGAAAAUUCUCCAAUGAGGGUCCUUAGCCCUCCUCACGCAGCAUUAAUUCCUGGUAGAUUCCUGGCAGAGAGAAAGAUGGCUUAUGCCACUUCACUUUGCCAUUGUACCAUGGCCAAAGGCUUCCAUGGUACAAUGACAAGUUGGCUGCAGCUGAGGAGACUGGAAUGAUUUAGGGAGGCCCACUCUGAGAGUGUGGGAGACAUUCCUGAGCUUUCUUUUGUUUGGGCUGUCCCUCUCCCUCUACCCCAGGAACACAUGCUUUUAAUCCCCACCAGAGCCUGUGGCCUCUGAAGGCCGGGGUAUCGCUUAUAGUGGCAACCCCAGCAAAUAGUUGGUCUCCCUGGCUGAGAAUUAGUUGCAGAGAAGAGUCAAAGGAGAGGAGGACUAGGUUGCCCUUAACAAAGAUGGCUUACCUGAGCCACUGAACAAAAGCUUCCUGCCUGCCUGACCUUGACUCUGAAGAGUAACCUCGGAGAAUACAUCCCUAACCUGGUGCCCUCCAGAUGUUUUUGUUGGACCAAGUGAUUGGAAGCCGUAAGUCCAAAACAUCUGCAGGGCAUCAUGUUGACAAAGGCUGCCCCUCGGUGACCUCACAUUCCACACCAAAGCCACAAGAAUCCUUGACACGGCACAUUAAGUAAAUUGUCUGUCUGAGGAAUUCCCAGUCUUUGAUGUGAUGCAUAUCUUUGGGUAAGCGUCAUGUCCAACUCAGCCUUGCUUGACCCAGAGUUUACCUUUUUCUUUUUCUUUCCAUUAUGGGUGGCAAGUAUUUGUGGUAAGUUUUGAAACGUGUGAGUUCUCCAUAACGGUGCCCUCUGCCCCUGGAGAAUCUAAAAUGCAGCCCCACUAGAUUCUCUGGUCUCCUUUAUGCUGAUCUGCUACAAUCAAUUCUCAAAAGCCUCAUUUUUCGCCAGAGCAUCUUUGCUCCUGCAUUCCCCCUGCACUACAGCUCUGUGCACAGUGGAAGGGCUUUUGGUGGUAGCUGUCCUGUCCUGACAUAUUCUUCCCUCAAAGUUUUGGAAAGAUUUCUCUGGAGGGGUGUGCACAAACAUGGGAGAGGCAGCAUGGGACCAUGGAUAAGAAGCUGGGGAGAGAUGGAGGCAGAACAAGCACAGGCUUCCCAGCCUUUCAGGCCAGCCUUGCAAAUGUUCCUCUCUUUCGUGCUAUCAUUCAUAGCUAGGCAGGUUUCCGCAUGAGAGCCCAGCUUUCUUGGUGGUGGUUCCAAGACCUUGGAACGUGCUUGGAGAUCUGCUUGGCUCCUCUUUCUUUUCAGACAAAGUGAAAACAUUUUGAUUCAUACAGGAGUUUAAUAAUUUUUUUUUGCUGCCAUUUUUAAUUAUGAAUCUCCUCAGCAAGGGUAUUCCACAAUUUUGGCACUGCCACCAAUAAGUGUUUCAGAUCUGUAGUUUUAAUGCUGCAUAUGCUGUCAUAAUGUUGUUUGUUUUCUGCUGGUAAGCUGCUCUUUGUUUUAGUCAAAGAGUGGGAUAUAAACUUUAAAAAAUAGUAGACAGGGAAAUCAAAUUUCCAGGUUUUGAUAUGUAAUCUUGAGGGCUGGGAGCUUGUGUAAGCUAACAUUCUGAGGCGUUUAAUAGGUGGCAGCAGCUGAUGGCCCUGACCCAAGUUAACUGACCCAAGCAUACCUGGCCCUGGCCCAAGCGUACCUGUUGUGAGAUUGAUGCUGAGCACAGCAAAUGUUCUUUAGAAAGAGGUGUGGCUGCAAAAGCACAUAGGUAGCCUGCAUACAGGAAUCUGGGAGUGGAAUGCUUGAAAACUAGGGCCACUUGAAAAUGCUUUGGCAAUAAAGGACACUCUGCCAUAAAGUGGUGUUAUGUGAACUUCAGUGGAAUCGACCUUGAUACAUGUCUCCAAGAAUGCUAGCUAUAGCCCUAUCUGGAUCAGGAUGGCUUAGCCAAUGUAGUUCAUGCAGUGGUAACCUUGAGACUGGAUGACUUCAAUGUGGUCUGUGUAGGACCACCCCUGGACCUGAUCCAGAAGCUCCAGCUGGCGGUAGGCAGUGCCUGGUUCAAGGCUCUUGUGCUGAUAUACAGAGCCCUGAACAACUUUGGUCCAGGAUGCCCUAAGGACCACCCUUAUAUCCAAGCCUGGUCAUCCGAGAUCAUCCAGAGGAGCUUUGUUGUUCCCCAUGCCUCAGAUGUCUGCCCGGGUUCAGCUAGAGGUUGGGCACUUAGCGUUGCCAGUCCUGUGCUGUGUGGAACUGUCCUCCAGCAGAGACUUGUCACAGGCACAAGCCUCCCUUUGGCCUUCCAAGUAUCUCUUGAAGACCUUCUUAUGUGGACAGGACUUUUGCACCUAUUUAAUUUUUAUUUUUGACUGGCCAGUCAUCUUAGCGAUUAUCUGUAUCUUUAUAUUUAAAAUUGUGUUUUAUGUUUUGACAUAUUAUACCAUCUUUAUAUUUUAUGAUAUGGUGGUAUUAAAAUGGUUUUAUAAAUACAACAGUGCAGUGAGAGAUCUCAAGAUGAAACUAAGCCACAGCAGAGUCUCCUUGUUAGGCAAAAUGUAAUUUUUUCCUUGAUAGGCUUUUUUUGCUCACUUUUAUUAUCAGCCCUGUGUUGAUUACAGCCAGCUGGCCAAUGAGGCAAAAUAUGAAGUAUAAAAUACAAAAUAACAACCUCAAUAAAGCCAAUUUUUAAAAAAGAAACAACAAGCUAAAAAUUAAUGAUCAAAGCAGGUCCAGGAAACAAGAGAAGAUACAGUGGUACCUCGGGUUAAGUACUUAAUUCGUUCCGUUCGUUCUGACUUGCUGAAGGAGAGAGUUUUUUGGUGCAAAUCUGACUAGAGAAUGAGAAGCUUGUCUUUGCAACAAAUGUAAGGGUUAUUGUUGCUUUUGGAGUGACAUUACUUUUCAACAGCUGCUUAGGCUCAGCUUGUAUAAAAAGUCCCUGGAAUCUCCAAUCCAUAUUAAAAGCAGUGGUGUUGAAUGGGGAAAUGGGAUGGCAUUUUGAUGCCAACAAUGCGUAGACACUUCAGAAAACAUGUAUGCAUGAGGGCUGAUCCCUUCAAUUUGGAAGCACCCUCAAAACAGAUCAUGCUGGACUUGAUGGACCAAUGGCCCUGCAUGGUAUAAAGCAGCUUCCUUGUGUUCCUAUACGAAGCAAUAUCUUUUGCUGGACUUAACUGGGGCUAGACGUUUAACAUGGUGAUGCAGCAGAUAGAGUUCCUCACUUGCAAUCAAGUACUUGCCUUGGCACCUCUUUGUUUACCUGGAGUGACCUCAUAGUAUGUGAAGCCUUAAUUAAUUUCAUUGUGCCUUGACUUGCAGUAAUCUCCUCAAUGUUUGCAUGAUUACUAAAGGAUUUAUGUGACAGUGCUGAAGAGUUUACUGAAGAACGCGCAGAUGGGCAGCCUUCCCAAGCCGCCUUAGGAGAUCCUAUCAGCUCCAUGAUGGAUGUUUUCUCUUCCUACCCAACUUGGCCACCCACAUCUGAGGACACGGUUCCCAGCAUCCCAUAAUUGAGAAUUUUUGGACCAGUGAGUGUGUUUCAGAGAGUGCCGUGGGCGUCAGUUAAAAAAUGGCUGCUGUGGGGGGCAUUGGCAAAGCGUUCCUUGCUGGUGCACAUAUGGGGCACAUUGCACUGUGGGGUGCACUGUCAGAGCGACCCCCGGCCACUCGAGCUAAAUGGGGCUGCAGUGUGCCACUUGCCUGGCUGACAGUGGGGAGCUUGGCUGGGCAAUGCCGCCCUGCUUUGGGGCACACUCACCCUGCAAGCCCAAUGCUUCUUUGCAAGACUCGCAAAAGCGGUGCAGGAAUAACGACUGAACAUAACAUUUUUAGGCACCAGUGGGCAAAAGGGGAAGUGACUUAAAUUUUACUCCCUGGGUCUUCUGCUUGCCUUCCAGUUUGAUGAACACAACACAGCUGUGAAAGGCCCUAAAAUUGCUGGGUGAAAGGCACCAGAAAGCCAGAUGUGUUUUGGUAGAUGCAGUAAUUAUGUUGCUUAAGGUGUGAUGAUUCUCUAGAUUAAAUCUUCUUUGAAUGUAUAUAUACAUGGGACUUGGGUGGUGCUGUGGUCUAAACCACUGAGCCUCUUGGGCUUGCCAAUCAGAAGGUCGGUGGUUCGAAUCCCCGCGAUGGAGUGAGCUCCCAUUGCUCGGUCCCAGCUCCUGCCAACCUAGCAGUUCAAAAGCAAAAUAAUGUCAAAGUGCAAGUAGAUAAAUAGGUACCGCUCCGGCAGGAAGGUAAACGGCAUUUCUGUGCGCUGCUCUGGUUUCGGUGUUCCAUUGCGCCAGAAGUGGCUUAGUCAUGCUGGCCACAUGACCCGGAAAAACUGUCUGUGGAUAAACGCUGGCUCCCUGGGCCUGUAAAGCGAGAUGAGCGCCGCAACCCCGGAGUCGUCUGUGACUGGACUUAACUGUCAGGGGUCCUUUACCUUUUUUUGAAUACCUGGUGUUUAUCUUAAUAAACAUCUAAAUCUUAGUAAAAUACAUUUUUAAUAAGAGAGAGAGAAUGAGAAAGAGAUGGCCACAUCUAAUGGGGAAAGUUUAGAUUUAAAUAAUAAUAAUAAUUGAUAGUUUAUUGUUGUUUGAAAACAUAUUUUUAUUUUCAACAGAUAUAUUCAGUGCUUUACUGUAUGCAACUCUGAAUAUUCUUGCAGAGGAGAGACUUAACAAGUAUUAAAAAUUAAAUAAGCAUUUAUUGGGGAUGCAAUUCCCUCCCACUUAGCUUAUGUGGUUACUUGUUUUAGGCUAAAACAACAUAAAUCUACCAUGGCACAAACUUUCCUGGACUUGAGCCCACUUUGUCUGACAAAAUGGGGUCAAGCUUCUGCUGUAAUCAGUGUGUUAGUUUUUCAGGUGCCACAGGACUCCUUGUUGCCCUAGCUGCCAGAAUCUCACCCAGCUCUGACAAAACAUUUUGAAAAUUCUGAAAAAAACAUUUUCAGCUGCAGUCCUGUACAUGGAAAUAAUCCUCACUGAACUCAGUGGAGCUUACUUCUGCGAAGAGAUGUAUAGGAUUGUGCUUCCAAAGCUAACGUCUACAUUUAUGGGCAGAUGUGACCUUCUGCAUCUCAGACCAUAAUCCUUAAAAUAGUUUUGUAAAGUGGGUACAGCCUUCACAAUGUUUGGGAAUAAAACUCCCAUAGACUCCCACAUUGAGUGACUGGGGCUCAUGGGAGUUUAGUCCACUCCAAAGCAUCUGGAGGGUGUUAGAUUGGGUAAGACUGGGCUAUGAAACCACUCCCAUUUUGCAGAUUGGGCAAGUGAGGCUGAGAAAAUUAGGUCCCAGAUUUAUUCCCAUUAGGUGGUAUAAAUCGGUCUUCAACUAGCGGGUCAUGGCCUGAUCCAAGGUGGGUUGCAACAGGAGCGCUACCACCACGCAAAUAUAUGGUAAAUGAUUAAGAAUGAUUAAGAAAUGGGUCCCUCAAUGCAUGUUUGGGUUAAACGUGGGUCCUGAGUCUGAAAAGGUUGAAGAUAUCUGGUAUAAAUAACCCUCUGUGACUGGAAGAUUUUGUAUUAUCAGUCCACUAAAACAAGAGACUGCGAUCUACUCACAGACUUAAAAACUGGCAGUGUUGAGGUUUUUUUUAGGGUGAAGGAAAGUCCUGUUUAGGGGUGCAUGGCAAUCUUGUUGAGCUUUUUUUUGGGAGCCAGUGAUCUACCAGAGGCGUCCAGUGAUCUACCGGUAGAUCAUGAUCUACUUGUUGGACAUGCCUGCACUAAAAUAUAUUGCUCUUUUCAUUUUCUGUGUCUGAUAUUUUUUGAGAUAAAGAUAUAAGGGUCAUAAUUUCCUAUUCCUAUUGUAAAUAAUUCCCUUUAAGCAAGUUCAAGCCUCCCAUGAGAAAUUUGAUUCCAAAGGAGGCAAAAACAAAGUAUUAUUGCACUUUCUUACAAUGCAAUCCUAUGCAAUGAAUCCCAUGCAAUACUAUAUAGGCCUAUUCUGAAAUACAUUCCAUUGAAUCCAAUUGGGCUCACUCCCAGGUAACUUGGCAUAGGGUUGCAGCCUUAGAAACUUACUUUGUCCAAUCUGAACUGUUUUGGGGGUGUCAGGUGAAUGAGAGCAGAUCCCAACUAAAAUCUUCAAUAUUCUGUUGGGGAGGAUUGUGGGAAGAGAGAGAGCCAUAAAGAAUGUCCGCAGUUGCUUUUUUAUAGCCAAGGGAAGCAUAGCUAUAUCAAGGGUUAGAUAUUAGAUUAUAAAGUCCUUGGGAAAGGAAGUGGAUUUGAACAGUGCCUGAGCUGAUGGCGCUCUCUUCCUGGAACUGAGCCUCAUCAGCUUUGAAAAAUACUGCUGAAUAGAUUUACGUGUGGCCAAAAAUGGGUAAAUACAUCACUGCAUAAAUUUGCAUAUGUUAAUUUAUAUGUGCAGAUGCGAAUUUAGAAAUACGAUAUUUUUCGCUCUAUAGGACGCACUUUUUCCCCUCCAAAAAUUAAGGGGAAAUGUGUGUGCGUCCUAUGGAGUGAAUGCAGGCUCCUUGGCUUCAGCGAUAGCAACGCGAAGCCUCUGAAGCGCAGAGGGAGUGCUCCCUCCACACUCCGGAGGCUUCGCGUUGCUUUCGCUGAAGCCUGGAGAGCGAGAGGCGUCGGUGCACACUGACCCCUCUCGCUCUCCAGGCUUCAGGGAUAGCCGCCUGAAGCCUUUGGAGCGCACCGGGAACUCGCGCUGCGCUCCGAAGGCUUUGGGUUCCUUUUGCUGAAGCCGGGAGAGCAAGACUCUCCCGGCUUCAGCAGAGAGGGAGAGCUGCGCAGCGCCCCUUCAGCGAAGCGGGAGGAGAAAUGGAAAGGGCUCCGUUUCUCCUGCCGCUUUGCUGAAGGGGCGCUGAGCAGAGAGGGGGAGAUUCCCCCCCCCAUUCUCCCCCUCCUAUGGUCCAGUGCGUCCUAUAGAGCAAAAAAUACGGUAAUUGCUAUAAUUUAAAAUAGACAUACAAUCCAUCUCACCCUCGUGGAGAAGACAUUAGGCAUUAGGGACCUACUGAGUCUGCUGUCCAAGGAGGGGCCACUUCAAGGCUUUCCCUGCCUUCCUUAUGUAAAACCCUUUCAAAUAGAGGACUGUUCAUUGACAGCCUUUCAAAUAGAGGACUGUCCUCUCCAAAGUCGGGCAAAUGGCCACUUUAUAGGUUAUGGAUUGGGAACCUCAGACUUUGUGUUUUGUGUGCUCCAUAUUCCCUGGCUACUUGUGCUUUCCUCAUAAAAACAAGAUCCUUGUUUUAGUUAAGUUCCUAGUUCUCAUGUGGUUACAUUCUAAAAUGCAGUGAUCCAAAAGGUGCACAGAACCCAGCUGUGUUCUACUCAGGCUGAUUUGGUUAAAAUUAAUGGACCUAACUUAACCAUGUUGAUUAAUAAUUUCAGUUUCAUUUAUGACUAAUGCUGGAUACAAUCCUUAGUUUAUUUUUAUUUAGACUUCUUCAAUUCCUGGAACUUGCGGUGGGUCACAAUAUGAAAAUGCAUAUCAAAAUUUUAAUCCAGACAUGCGAAAACUCCCCCCCCCCAGUGAAAAGCCUUCCCCCAGUCACCAGAAGCCCAGCUGAUUAGACAAGUCUUUGUAGUGACCCUAAGAGGAGAGAGCUCCACGGUGGUGCGGCAGCCCAUCACAAACAACUCCCGCCUAUGUGUAUUCUUGCAACCCAAAAUUGGCACAGAAGUGGAAUAAUCUGACUCAAAAAACCAAGACACAUUAUAUAAAUGCUAAGCAUUGUUAAGUGUGAGGUUUAUGCAAAUAUGACAAACGGGAAUCCUUUCAUUCUCCUCCAAAAAGCCCUAGAGAAGUGAGUCAACAGAGCAAUCAGCCAACUUCCCAGGAGGCUUAUAAACCACUCUCUUGUUUUUUAAAAAACAUAUAUUCCCUUCCAGGAUGAUGUGGUACAUUCUUUCAGAGGCGUUCUCUGCCCGGCCCCCAACUUUUAAAGAUCCACACCUUUCCCUAAUGAGGAAGCCAAGUCCAAAGGUGUGUUGGUGGCAGCAGCGUCUGUUGCAGAACAAUGCCUUGCAAAAGUGGAGGCACUUUCCUGCUGCUCUAUCCAUCUAAACAUGAUGUGGUCCUGAGAGUAUUUCUGCAAAAGGAACUGUGGCUGCAAUUUAUUUAUUUAUUUCAUAAGAAUGAUCUUGUUAUGAGCUGGGGUGGGGUGGGGAAGAGGGGUGAGGCUGAAUGCCUGGAUCCAGCAUGGAUUCAGUUGCUGGAAUAGCCAGCCCUGCCUGGUAAUGGUCUGCUAAAUAUGAGUCCUUAAGGGAACAAAGGGAGUGGCUCUGUGCCAGAGGACAAAUGGGUGGGCUUCCCUCUCUGGCCAGUUAGAAAGACAAAAGGUCAGAGUUCAGAGUGGAGUUAUGUGAGCUGGAAGCCGGAUGCAAAAGCUGCUGGCUGCAAAGUCAGACAGAGAGCCAGAUUUCUGCUGGAAUCCAAAGCUGGGGCUGUGCGAGAAGCAGGACCUUUUGGGGGGCUUGAUGCUGUGAGCCCCUCCAUUGUAGGCUCAGGUUGUGUAUAUGUGUAAACAAACCCUAUAUCAUAAAGACACUACAGUCUCUGUUGUGCCUCCUUCCAAAAGGAAACAGGAACCCCGGGUAAGUGACUGGAACCCCUGCUCAGAGAUUGGGACGACAUGCAACCAGAUAAACCACUCAAUUGUACACCCUCAAGGUGCAAGGAAGGCCCAGCCCAGCUUUUCCUCUGAACCCUGAAAUCUGUAACUAGUGAGAUGAAACAACCUAAGAAUGAACUCUGUCUAAUUGAGCUACAGUGGCGCUGUGGUCUAAACCACUGAGCCUAAGGCUUGCCGAUCGGAAGAUUGGCGGUUUGAAUCCCCGCAACGGGGUGAGCUCCCGUUGCUCCGUCCCAGCUCCUGCCAACCUAGCAGUUCAAAAGUACGCAGUGCAAGUAGAUAAAUAGGUAGCGCUCCGGCGGGAAGGUAAACGGCGUUUCCGUGCGCUGCUCUGGUUCGCCAGAAGCGGCUUAGUCAUGCUGGCCACAUGACCCAGAAAAACUAUCUGCGGACAAACUCUGGCUCCCUCAGCCAGUAAAGCGAGAUGAGCGCCACAACCCCAGAGUCGUUCAUGACUGGAUUUAACUGUCAGGGGUCGUUUACCUUUUUUUUUUUACACAAGAUCUAGAAAACACACUCUCUCUCUCUCUGUGUGUGUGUGUGUGUAAAAGGCAUUUUAAUUAACUGGUAUACAAUACUGUGCUUUGAUUCUGGUUAUAUGUUGCAACAUCUUUCUGACUGGAAAUUUUUUGGGGGGCCACUGCGGGCAAUGUAGUGCAUAAUCAUUCUUUUCUUAGAAAUUGUGGUUAGCAGUCUUUGACCACAGUACGUAUACAGAGCUGUUCUCUGACUGUUUCUAUUUCAUUUCCCAGCUAA